AUGAAGCUCAUCUUUGCUCUCUUCUCCAUUCUGGCUGUUGCCAUUGCCGCCCCUUCUACCAUGGACCCCCGCAGUGACACUGAACCUGCAAUGGUAGAUGCAGCCGGCGAAGUCGUCCCCUUUGACCCUGCCGGAGUUGUUGUGAAGAAGUAA